GUACAUAUACUUCAUCUAGCACCAGGUUGUGGGUGUUGGCAUCCUCUAUGUCUUGCUGGGCCAAAAGCUGGUCGAUGUAGGACAAGUGCUACCACAACCACUAUCACAACCACAGAGGUCACCGAAGCAGAGCCAACAACUCAUGCAGCUGCAACCACACAAGGUCUUUUUGUCAGGCCAUCUGCUCCAAGCCCAUCUGCAGCAAGCGAACUCAACAAGCCAGGCCAUGCUCAGAGCUCUGAGGGAGUGACUCACGUGACUGCUUCAGUGAUGGGUGUGGGAGCUUUGGUGGUGAAGGGCAUUGAUCUCAACCUUGUUCCCAGCAGUAUCAGGUCUGACCUAUCGCAACGCUAUGCAGCCCUCAUAGCAACCAACACUGGAUUGAGCAGAGCUGAUGUGCUGGACGUCAACAACAAGGACGGGCAGGUCACUCUGGAGCCGUGGCAAACAGGUGCACCAAUUGUUCGUAGACUACAGACGACAGAGCCUGGCUUCAAGGCAGUCUUCAAACUCUCGGACAAAGGUGAAGAAUCCUUUGCUGCAGCACAACAGGCUUUGACCUCCGAAAGAUUCUACAUGGAGGUGCAGGCAGAGACAUCCCAGAUGCUGAAGCAUACCCUAGCAGGUGGGCAAACACCGAAGGUUGAGGCAGUUCUGCGGAAGGCACAGCCGUCAGACUCACAGCCUGCAAAUGCACCGCCGCAGGGCACUAGCCAUGCAAAUGCAGAGCUCUGGCUCUUCAUUUUGGGCUUCAUCUUGGUGGCGCUGAUCAUUGCCGUUCUGAUUUGGCUAUUCAUGGGCGCGUCUGUGAAGAAGGUCUCCUUCACGAAGAAGGCUGAGACUAAGCAAGGCCAAUUCCGGAAGCUCGGGGACGAGGAAGAGCCGGAAUAUGGACAGGUGAGCAAAGCCAAGAAGAAAGAUGCUGCGCAAUCCCCAACCCGGAGGCAGAUUGAAGAGGCCGAAAUGCGGGCAGUGCAAUUAGCCUCCCGCUUGUCAGAGGAAGUCGAUGAAGAUGAUGUGCCUCCACGAUCUUCACAGGGCCUUGUCUCCGGAUCAAUCAUCACGCCCCAGCCGAUUAUGACACCUCAGCCCCAGGCCGAUCUCGGUAUCGGCAACUACGCCACACCUAUGCCAGCACAAUACAGCUCUGGGCAGUACCAAACGCCAUCUUUGACGCCUGGUUAUCCUGCCAUGCGCAUCCUCCGAUGAAGUUUCUUGCAGCGUGAUUGUGUCGACAUGCUUCACGGGCAGUAAGGAC